AUGGCGGGAAGCAAAUUUGUUUUCAUGAUUCUUGCAGCAUUUUCCUUUAUUAUUCCUGUUGCUUCUGGCGGAAAAUUAGUUAUUAAGAAAGAAGCUGCAGCUUUAACAACGUUAGGGAUCUUCACAAUUAUCGUCGUGAUCUUCUUAUUUGUUUGCUUGGUACGCUUUGGCGUUACUAGAUGCAGUAUAUGCCUAGCUGAUUUUGUUCAAACCGAGUAUAUCCGCAUGUUACCGUGCAGUCACGUUUUUCAUCAUGACUGCAUUGUAACCUGGAUGACUCGGCGUAUAACUUGUCCGGAUUGUCGUCGGGGUUACAGGCAUAUUGUGCCUUAG